AUGGAGAUACUGGACAACAUGGGCGAGGAAGGAAUGGAGUUGGAGGGAUCGGCCACCCCGGCUGCCCUCAUAAAUACCAGUCUAGUGCUUGGUGCCACCAACGUCACCAACAUCACCUUUUUCCCCUACUAUCAGCAUUCUCUGUAUGUGGCUGCCAGCUACAUUGUAGCCUACUUCUUCAUCUUCCUGCUGUGCAUGGUGGGUAACAUCCUGGUGUGUCUGAUUGUCUUGGAAAACCGUCGUAUGCGCACAGUCACCAACCUCUUCAUCCUCAACCUGGCUAUCAGUGACCUACUGGUGGGCAUCUUCUGCAUCCCUACAACACUGGUGGACAACCUCAUCACAGGUUGGCCCUUUUCCAACACUGUGUGCAAGAUGAGCGGCUUUGUGCAGGGCGUGUCUGUGUCUGCAUCAGUCUUUACCCUGGUGGCCAUUGCUGUGGAAAGGUUUCGCUGCAUAGUGUACCCUCUACAACCCAAGCCAACUGUACUUGUUGCCAAGGCAGCCAUCGUCUUAAUCUGGGUGCUAGCAGUGGUGAUCAUGUGUCCCGCUGCGGUGGCACUGACUGUGGAGAAAUUUCCUUUCCACUAUAUGGUGUACAAUGACGACUUCAACCACACACUCCCUCUGUACACCUGCUAUGAAAACUUUAACAACCCUCAGAUGAGGAAGGUCUACACAGCCGUUCUGUUCACUCAUAUCUACCUUUUGCCCCUCACCGUCAUCACCCUGAUGUACGGAAGCAUCGGAGUCAAACUGUGUUCCUAUGUGGUUGCAAACAGGGAGCCACAGCUGGGUAAUGCAGUCCAGGUGGCAGGCAGAAGGGGUGGUCAGCCAAUGAUAUCACAGAAAAAGAUCAGGGUGAUAAAGAUGCUCAUCCUGGUGGCUUUGCUUUUCAUGCUGUCCUGGUUGCCACUCUGGACCCUAAUGAUGAUGACGGACUAUGCAGGCUUGGACAGGGACCAGCUGGACCUUCUGACCAGUUACAUCUUCCCCUUUGCUCACUGGCUGGCUUUCUCCAACUCCAGCGUCAACCCCAUCAUCUACGGCUACUACAAUGAGAACUUUAAGAGGGGCUUCCAGGCGGUGUGCAAAUCCAGGCCCUUCUGUUGCUUCAUGCAGUGCCAGCUGUGGAGGAGGAUUUCGAGGUGGGGCAGGAAGGGAAGGUCUGUGCAAGCACCUUGUGGAGGUAAUGACUUCAGAGAUGCCACUAGCAAUCACAACCACCUUGUCCUGGGGCUGAGAAAUAGAGUCCAUAAUGACAACAAGCUGACUGACACAGCCGAGGUGAACAGGAGUGCAAGAGUGGGGUGUGUGAUGGUUCACUCAGAGAGAAAUCUUUCAGAUCGAGGGUUAGAAAUGGCGGCUGUACCUAAGAAAGGCAGUAGGCCUAAUGGUGAAGAGUCAGAGAGGGUUAGUUCACUGGUAGUUUCAGUGUAUCAGGCAUGGGAUAACUAAGUCAAACUGCUACCCAGAAAUGAAACAAACAAAGCCAUAAGAUGUUGAUUUCUAGUCACAAGGCAGCGGCAACUAUCAAGUGUCUGAUGUUAAGUGUCAUGUGGCCACAGUUUAGAAUGAUGGUUACAUAUUGGAACCCUAAUUCUAGGCAGUGCCUUAUCUUUAAA